AUGCCCCAUCGUGUGCAGGUGCAUACAGGUACAGCCGCUCCUCCCAGGAACACUCCCUCCACCGUCAAUGAAGUCGUCACUGCGCUACAACGAAAACUAAACAACAUUCAUCUUGACCCCUCCGCCACCCCCCAAGCCAACAUCUCUCCCAAGUCUUCAAGACGCCCCUCCUUCUCAAUGGAUAAUUUACUCCACCACAAAAAGGAUAAGAAGCGCGAUGACUCCAAGGAGCGCGAUUCACGUGGUCAGAAGCGCAUUUCGCUAACCAUGCGCCACUCGAACAAAUCAAAAGAUCGCCACAUUCAUUCGCCCAAACAUGGCCCUGUAAAGCCAGCCCGUUUUGAUAAUAUCACCGAAUCCCCUCCCUUGGUCCUCUACGGCAACAUCAGCAACUCCACAGGCGCACUCCUCUCGGGCCGGCUCAAGUUGUUGGUCGAAGACCCCAGUGGCCAAGUCACCCUGGAUAACUUUACCAUGACCCUCGUUGCAACUACCUCCACCAAGAAGCCCGUGGGCAAGGAUUGCAAAGACUGUACCGACAAAUGCGAGGAACUCAAGAAGUGGACCUUCCUCUCCGAGCCAAAGACCUUUCACAGAGACUCCGACAAUCAAUUCCCCUACUCCUUCCUCUUCCCUGGUCAUCUACCUGCCACAACCCUCUCUCAACUCGCUAGUAUUGGCUAUGCCUUGCACGUUGCCGCGAACACUUCCCACGGGGAGAAGAUCGAAUAUCACAAUCCUUUGACCGUUCACAGAGCCAUUCAACCAGGUCCAGAUAAGGCUAGCAUCCGAAUCUUCCCACCUACAAACCUGACUGGCCGUGUGCAAUUACCUCCUGUUGUUCACCCUAUCGGCACCUUCCCUGUAACCAUGUCUCUCAGUGGCGUCGUGGAGAAGAAAGCAGAAAGCCAGACCAGGUGGCGCCUCAGGAAGCUUACCUGGCGCAUUGAAGAGCAUUCCAAAGUCGUCUCCACUCCCUGCACCAAGCAUGCACACAAGGUCAAUGACGGGAAAUCCAUUCAACACUCGGAAACUCGGACUCUUGGCAAUGAUGAAUUAAAAACUGGCUGGAAGAGCGACUUUGAUACCAUUGGAGGGGAGAUCAACUUGGAAUUCGAAGCUUCCAUAGCAACAAGAACAAAUCACCGUGCCACCUGUGACGUCGACUCCAACACUGGUAUCGAAGUCAAGCACAACCUAGUCCUUGAGUUGAUCGUCGCCGAGGAAUUCUGCCCGAACAAAAACACUUCACUCAUCACCCCUACCGGAGCUGCUCGUGUGCUUAGAAUGCAAUUCGGUCUUGUGGUCACCGAACGAGGUGGCAUGGGCAUCAGUUGGGAUGAAGAAAUGCCACCCGUCUAUGAUGACGUACCGGCCAGUCCACCAGGAUAUGGCAGUGCUGACAAAAACGAUGGAGCUUGGGGCGGUGCCAUGAUGGAAGAUUACCAUGGACCAGCCCUAGACUAUGAGGAUCUUGAGACAAUGCACAGCGACGGUCCCACCGCACCUCCAUCUUAUCGGGAUUCGAGUUUGCCAAGACGAAGACCAUCUCUCCCUCGGACCGAGUCCGGUGAAAGCUCGUCGCAUCCGACCUCCAGCAGACGUCCUAACGCUGGGUGGACCAUCGACGAACUUGGCUACCAACCACAGUACGCUCUCCGAGUAAGAGCAGAGUCGGAUGACGAGCAGUCAGCCCCCACAGAGGAUUUUGGUGAAGGUUCAUCCUCACAUCCACCACGUAACUAA